UAUUCAGUACAGUUUUGUAAGAGUUCCAGUGAACACUCCUAACAAUUUUGUCCCGUUAAACGCUUAUUCUAUAAAUUAUUUCAUUAAUUACUUAACCGUGAUGUCUGCUCAGUACGGACAUACAAAAAGCCUGAACAUAGCUAUUGUUGGUGGCGGAUUGGUUGGUGCUCUUGAGGCUCUAUAUCUCGCGAAGAGGGGACAUCAUGUGUCGCUCUACGAGUCUCGUGAAGAUAUAAGAAAUACACCCCAUGUCCGGGGUAGAUCUAUAAAUCUAGCGCUGUCGGUGCGCGGGCGCAAGGCGUUGCGGGGUGUCGGCUUGGAGCAACGCGUGGUGGACGAACACGCCGUUCCCAUGAAAGCUAGGAUGAUCCACAAGCCAGACGGCUCUACAUACAUCAUACCGUAUGAUUCUAGAACCAAUCAGUGUGUCUACUCUGUUGGAAGAAACUUCCUAAACAGUGUCUUAUUAGAAGAUUCUGAAAAAUAUACUUCAGUGGAGAAACACUUCGGGCAUAAACUUCUUGAAGCAAACUUAUCAAAAGGCGAAUUAAAGUUCUUGAGAGCUGAUACUAAGGAGAUCGUUCAGGUGAAGUCUGAUCUGAUAAUUGGUGCUGAUGGCGCGUUUUCUUCGGUCCGGAAAGAAAUGAUGAAGCAACCGCUAUUUAAUUUCAGCCAGCACUAUAUAGAGCACGGGUAUACUGAAUUGUGCAUUCCGGCCGAUAAAAAUGGUGGCUUUCAGAUGCCGCCAAACUAUCUCCACAUUUGGCCUCGAGGGAACUUCAUGAUGAUUGCACUUCCCAACCAAGAUUGCUCCUGGACAGUAACACUUUUCAUGCCGUUCAUUAAUUUCAAACAAAUUGACACCGAAAGCAAACUUUUAGAGUUCUUCGAAAAAUACUUCCCGGAUUCGAUACCGCUUAUAGGAGAAAAAAAGCUAAUCGAAGAUUUCUUUGCUGGUAAUGCACAGUCGUUGAUUACAAUAAAGUGUCGACCGUAUCAUACGUUAGACAAAGCCCUUAUAAUUGGUGACGCUGCCCAUGCCGUAGUUCCGUUUUAUGGGCAAGGAAUGAAUGCUGGGUUUGAAGACUGCACUGUUUUGGACGAACUUUUCGAAAAGCAUAAUGAUGAUCCAGUCGAAAUUUUAAAGGAGUUUUCGGAAAAGAGAUGGAAGGAUGCCUUUGCGAUUAGCGACUUGGCGAUGUAUAACUAUAUUGAGAUGCGAGAUCUUGUAAACCGUCCUUCGUACUGGCUCCGAAAAUCGUUUGACGAUUUUCUAUUUUGGCUUGUACCUGAUUUUUGGGUACCUCUUUACAACUCAGUAACGUUUAGUACAAUGCCGUACAGUAAGUGUAUUGAAAACAGGCAAUGGCAGAAUAAGAUGCUGGCAGUAUUCAUAGUUUUAGUGACUGUAAUAACUUUCCUAUUAUAUAUGUAUACUCGGAUGUAAAUACCGUAUGAAAAAUUGUAUUGAUGAAUUAACUGAAGAAAGAAAAUACACAUAAAUUGUUUAAUACAACAGUCAUAUUGAGAAGAUAUGUAAUAGGUUAGAGAAAAAGUUUCAUCGCAUUUUAUAUGAAAAAAACAACAUAUUUUUUUCAAUGUUUAUUUUCAUAUAAUUACAAUAUAUAAUAUUAAAGUGACUUUGUUUAAUGACUUUUUGCCAUCUUGUAGGUAGUGACAUAGUUACUGUAGAAAUUUUGGAACCAAACAAACAUGAUAGCUUAGUAGUAGAUAGUUUUAGCAGUCCUCUUUUGAUCUUAACCUGACAAUGGCAAAAGAAUUCUGAAGACACCGAAACAGGAGGAAAUCUCCCAGACAAACUUUGAAUUUUUGCUGAGUGGCUAAAGAUGUGUAUGGUUAUAUUUGGUGUUAUCGUGUUAACGUGAUGAAAGACCACACCCCUGCUAUUACUCAAUUUCGACCGUUUUCUCUCAAAUUCUUGAUUUAAUCUUAUCAGCUGUUGAUCAUAUUUUUUCUAUGCAUUAUCAAUAUGUUAUUUUGGGAAAAAAUGUUUCACAUGCAUCGUGGUUUCAUAAAACCAAUCAAUUGGUUUUUUAAAGAAAAACUUUUAAGACAUCGCCUCAAAUUUUUUCGUCCAUCUAUGUGCACGUCGCAUUAGUGCGGCCGAUAUUCCGCGGCCGAUGUAGGGGUGAAUUGUGUUAUUAAUUUCAACUACUACUUUCAAGUAAGUCUGGCCACGAGGUCUAAGUCGCCAGAUUUACUUCUUACUAAUGGGCAUGAUAUCCUAACUUGAGGCGUGUCGUGCGAAGGCAUUCGGCGGCAGAAAUCAGCUUAAACAGCUCCUCGGAACACACGCCCUGAUAAAUGCUGUACAAGAUAAACAAUGAUGCGACGUCUCUAUGCAACGCCAAGUGAUCCAGCCGUUCAAAGAGCACUGGGUCCCCACCAAUUCGAGCUGCUCUGCGUUGCACGCGGUCAAAUGGAUCGAGCUGAUACUGGCGUGCGCCAGACCAGAGAUAACAGCAAUACUCCAUGUGUGGCCGGACCUGCGCUUUGUAGAGCGCUAGAAUGUGGGCCGGCUUGAAGUAUUGCCGUGCUCUAUUAAUGACGCCCAGCUUCUUCGAAGCCAAUUUUGCUUUGCCCUCCAGAUGGCUACGAAAUUGGCAAUGGUUUUAUUUAUUUUGUAAUAAAAAUUUUAAAUGGGAUAUCGAAUUUCUUCAUUAGAUUCACUCAGUUUUAUGUAAAGAAAAAUAAAUAAUGUAACAAUAUUUAACAAUUUUGUUUCUUUUCAUUACAUGUAACAUUUUUAAUGUUAUCAAAUAUUAAAACCAAAGAUAUUUUAUUAUUAUUUUUAUUUAUGCGAAAAUGCUUUUUC